ACCCAGGAGUCCUGUCUGUUACUGCUGCCUCCACGCGCAGAGGCACAAGCCGCAGCUAUCUCAGAGCAGGAGAUUAGCUGUCUCCUGCACCCAGGGUUGCCAUGUCCCGAGCGUGAUUAGAGGUGACCUGUGACUGGGACAAAAGUCCACCCUCCUUGUCGCGUCGCACUUUGAGUUGUUUUCCAGGCUGCUGGCAGCCCCCUCGGAGGGAAGAGGACUGAACCCAGCAGGGUGGGAGAUUGCCUGGCCCCCAGCCCCAAACCAAAUUCCAACUGCCCAGCACUGUUGAGGGCAAGGCCAGGCACCCAGCCUCAUCUCGGCAGGCGCUUCAGGGACUGGGAACACAUGGGGAUUGGAUAAGCAGCCCCCAAAGGAUCUGUAUGGGCCAGGAGGGGUCAGGCAGCAGCUGGGCCUGAGCAGGUUCGUUCCACAGCAGCAGAGAUUCUCCUCCAAGGAUCCACUCCGGACAGCUGCUUUAGCUCCUGAGCCGGAGGCUGGUCGGUCACUGCAGAUCCCAUAUCCCCCUUUCGUUCCCCACAUCCUAGCUGUCCUCCUGGGCUCCGAUUCCUUGCGGGGUUACCCCAAGAUGAAGGUCUACAGAGAAAAAGAGGAUGUCAUUCUGGACCCAGACACAGCUCACCCCAGUCUGACCCUUUCCAAGGAUCGGAGAAGUGUGACAGCCACAAACACAAGGCUGGCUCUGGCCAAUGACCCGGGGAGAUUCGAUGUUUACUCCUGCGUGCUGGGCUCUGAUGGCUACAUAUCAGGGAUGCAUUAUUGGGACAUGGAGGUGGCCGGCACAGGGGGCUGGGCUCUGGGUGUCACUAAGGAGUCCGCCAGCAGGAAGGGAUGGUUCAAUUUCAGUCCCGAGCAAGGAACCUGGGCCAUCCAGCUCUCCAUGGGCCAGUACCGGGAAGUCACUGCAGAUUGGAGCCCGCUGGACCCGCCCCAGAGCCCCAGCAAGAUCAGAGUGUAUUUGGACUAUGAAGGUGGGGUUGUGUGCUUCUAUGAUGCAGACACCAUGGCCCCCAUCCACGCCUUCACGUCCUCCUUCAAGGGGAAGAUCUACCCAUUUUUCUGGGUCUGGUCUGUAGGGACUUCCCUUAGACUGUGUCCCCCCGCAACUCUCCAAUAACUGAGGGCACGGUCUAGAGGCUGCUGCCCUUUCUAAGGACAUCAAUGGACAUUGGAUGGUGUUUUGUCUCAGCCAGAGAUUGAAGUGUGAGCAGGGUAAUGCAUCUGGAUUUUAGCCUAUGACGCAGCAUCUCCCGUAAACACCUCUGUUCUGCCUGCCACGCUGCCCCUUGUGCAUGGAUGGGAAAUGCUCCCUAAUAAAACCCAAGCAGCCGCUACCUCCUCCUUCCCCUCCUUAAUUGCCGUCUCUGCCACAAUGCCUCCAGAACUCAGGCUGGUGAUCAGGGCUAGGCAGGUGAUCUGCUGUGACUAUGACUCUUCUUUAUCUUUCCUAUCCUACUCUAUCUCCAAUUGAAAAGAAAUACACCGGGUCCCCCUGUAGCUAGCUAAGCUGGUCCAAUUCUUCCCUGUACCGGAGAAACGAGAAUUCUGGCUUAGCACAAACAUUCAUUGUUUUGUUCUAGAGGGAACUGAUAAAGAUAAGAUGGCAAUGCAGGUCUUUCCUUCUAGGGAUAUAGGGUAUAAACUGGCAAUAAAUACACUGAAGCUGGAAAUAAGGAGGAGGUUUCAAUUCUAACCAUCAAAGGAGUGAGGUUC